AUGGCCAUUUCCGAUAAUAUACAGACUGUCACGGCGGCAUUUUCAUUUGGUAUCUUACUACAGGCAGCGUCAGGCGCGUUAUACAUAUAUUAUCAGGGCCAUGGACCGAAUCUCCUUCAGGACGGCCGGAGGCUGGUCCUCCUGUUGUUCUUGUUAUUUGCUGCCCUGUGGGCACAAUUUAGCUUUUUUAACCUUAUGAUACCCUCAACGGCGGCGGGUGCUUGCCAAGCACUGCUGGUCUUUUCGACAAUGUUCGAUCAAUUGGCAAGAGUGGGAGUAGAACAGUUUUUUUUGUGGGCGAUAGGGCAGGGAAUAAAAUCGACGGCCCAGCAAAUGAUUCUGCAGGGAAUAUUAGGUGCUAGGUUGAUUGCUGGUGGCUUGCUUGUUGGGUUUACAAGACCGGAUUUCGCACCUGUGUGUGUUGCUCGCACCUCGCUGUUGCCCGCCUCGAUUAUUGUCUUGACGCUGGAUGUUAUAAUCCUGGGUGUAUUAUUGAUUCGGGCCUCGUCGCUUGGUAUGUUUAGUGAAAUUGGAAACGCGAAGCUAGGCACAAGGCGGGAGCAAAGCAGGGCGGUGAUAUUCAGCAUUGCUGGAUUUACAGCGUGGACUGGGACAAGCGUCCCAAUGAUUCUGGGGAUCCAAACGAUGAUCUUGAUUCUUAGAACUACUUUACCUUCGAUCGGGCUUCUUAUACUUGUUGGUAUCGUCAUUAUCUUCCAGGGAGGUUUGCUUUUACCAAGAGAAGAGGAAGCCACAACACCCGAAGCACGCUCUCCCUUCGUCAUGCCCACACCUCCAACUCGAGAGCUAUUCAGAGGAAAUGCCGGAAAUGGCUCUCCCGUUUCCGGUCACAAUUACACAAAAAGUGGUAACUUGUUCGUGGUCAACCCUUCAUCAACGCCGCGUGAUUCGCCAACUCCUAGAUUCCAAAACAAUUUUAAAGGCGAUACACGAGGCUUCACGAAGCUUGGGGCUGAGACAACAGUGCGAGUUCUGGAAGGAGAUGAUCAACUCCUUUCUGCUCCGAAUAACGCCCCCGGUUAUCGUGGCUCAAGCGGUGUCUUUCCCUCCAUUCUUGCCACACAACUGCAAGCUGGGAAUCAGACUUCAAUGCCUCCGCAUAUCAGGCCAGCGGAGGUCGAAGCAAGUAGAAACCCACCAAUUCUAUUUGUUCCCACUCCGACAGUGCAGCAGAAACGAUCUCUCUUCAGUAGAUCGAAGCCUUCUGCAAAAACGCAUUUCCGAAACCUAGAAAUCUCCAAUCCGGUUUUGGACGAAAAUGUUGAGUCCGUACAACCCUUCGCGAGGAUGCCAACCAUUGAUCUUGCAACUGCGGCAACAAAUGAACGGGAACGCCGUGAAGGUGCGGCUGCCAGGUCUCGUCUUAUUGCCAACAGGCCAGCGCCACAACCGCCCUCCCUCCCUCCAGCGCAAGAAGGACUACGUAGGAGCAUUAGCUUGAAGAGGAAAGAGAUGAUAACUUUGCAAAGAGAGCCAAUGCCAACCAUACCCAGUUCAAAUGCAUCUGAACUUUCGGUCGAUACAGCCAACGGCAAUAGCACAUCUGCUUCUCUUUCCCCUGGUCGCGAGGAAGUCAGGCGGAGGUCACCAAGGAACAUGAAUAAUUUCAACGGUUUUAUUGAUGAGAAUCAAUCAUCAGUAGUCCCUGCUUUGCAAAGAAACCCAACAAUUGGGCUGCCUUCAAACCCGCGUGCCCAGCGAAGUACAAUGGCUCGCGAAGCUCGUUCAGCAAAGGAGCAGACAGUUAUGUUCAUAAAUGACAUAGUAUAUGAUGAUCCUGGUAUGGUAGACGCGAUCAUGAACACAGCUCCAAAUGAAUAUGCAUCUACGAAGCAUCCAAAAGCUACAGAAAACCCUCGGGUGUACUCUAAACAAAGUCCACGUUCGCCCCAUUCUAUUAUACAUCGACCACGACCGUAUAAACGAGAUUCAGAGCAAGAUCGUGCUAUAUGGCCAAGUGAGCCUUCUCCUAGACAUAAACGAAGCAAGUCUGGAUCUUCUCUAAUGGGACGAAAGUCCAUGCUCAUGGGCUCCAUUGGAAGCCCGACGCAACUUCCUCCACUUCCACCUCCUCCCACUAGCGCGUCAAAACUGAAGAGAUUGUUACCAAAUGACACGAAAAGUAUGACUUUCGACGAAAAAAUCGAGCUGCUCUUUCCAGCACCCCCUGGUACCUCAACACACAAACGCAGGUCAUCGGUUCCAUCUCUCCCACGAGUGCCAUCUGUCUUCAUGUCGGAUACACCAUAUGUCCAGAGUCCAACAGAGGAGGGCGAAAGAAGCCGUAUAACGUCAAAGAGAAUGACAAUAGCAUCGUUUAAAAUGCCCGACGUUGACAAGCAGGCAAAGUCUCCAAAGUUCGAGGCUCAGAAAGCCAUCGAGAAUCACACAUACCGAUUCAGUGCCAGUGUUUAUCGGGACCUGGCGGGCGAGGUCGGAGAGACGGCCCCCACUGAGAUGGGUCUCGGCAAGUCAGUCCAAGAGCUACCAAAAACAAAACCUGAGUCGGUAAUCAACACGAGACAAAAGUCUACAUGGACGGAGACGACCGCGAGUAUAUCAAGCUCUAGUGACGAUGCCAAAACCUUUUGGGGUUCCCUACACUCCGAGAUCCCGCCUGUUGACCUCUCCAAAGCAAGACAAAUGGUAAAGCCUAGUCUCAUUCAACAUGGAGGUAAUCGAUCGCGUGACGACACCUCCAGAGCCCUUCCUCCACUCCCACAGACUGAAAAUGAUGAAGACGAAAUUAUGACAGUCAUGUUCGAUUCAGGAGAAGCUCGCCGCCCGAUAUUGUCACCCCCAACCGAAAAUAGACUGUCCUUCUUGCUUGAUGCAGGUCAAGCAUUGCCUGGCGAUAAAACGCCGUCCCCCAAAAGUGAAAGGGCAUGGCAUCGACGAGUUGGUGAUGAGCUACCCACGUUUUCAGAACGGAAAGUCAAGCCUAGAGCUCGAAAAAUGCCCCCGCCCACACCGUUACUUCUGAACAGGAAUGGCAGGCAAGCUACCGUUGUAGUUCGUAAUACCGAGCCCUCGCCAAUUGACUCACCGGAACUAGCGAUGAAGGAGCUUCAAGCUCAACUGAAACGAUUCGAGGAGCCAAAUCGUGGAUCAGUAGGGUCAAUAAUACGCCAUCUUCCCAACGGUUCUGCUGUGGAAGAAGGCGAUUUGCUCAAAGAUCACAGAUUCCAGUUGCUUGAAAACCUCGAAAAGGAGAUGGGCCAGCAAGAAAAUCAGUGGCAGCAAAUGCAAACUAACAUUGACCGCGACUCGAUGUCAACUAUCAUGUCACCUCCCGCUCCACCAAAGACUGAUCUCUCCCGAGAAUCAUCCCAACGAUCGUCUCGAACUCCGUCUCGGAUAUUGUCUCGAAGAGCACGUAUCCGGAGUAGCCUAACUGCGCGAUUGAGGGGAGAAGACUCGACUUCCACAACGUCUACCCAAAGCUCCGAUAACUCUAGAGCAAGCAUUUGGCAACAACGUCUCGCAGAAGCCCAAGAGGAAUAUCUUGAAAAUGCCCCAGUUCUUCUCCGCAACAAAAGUCUGAACUUCCUUUCUAUUGCGCAAUCGCACCAAUUAGGCAGUCCAACUCCACCUGACAGCGAGGAGUCCGGGACGGAAAUCGAAACUGACGUGGAGUCCGAAUCCGAAGCUCCGGAAGCCCUGCAGGCUGCGUUUGUGAUUAAUCAAAAGCAAGUCGUGUCACUUUGGGAGCCAACUUCAGGCUCACAGGGUGCCGCGGCGGACCGCUUGUGGAGCCCUCCUCAUGAGAGUUUGAUUACACGUGAUGACUCUCCCGAGCCUCCUGCGAGAGAUGUUCGACCAGUACAACGUCGCACUGGAAAUUCUUCGUCUAUUUAUAGCUCUACUCUAUGGUCAAAACCCAAGUUAUCCGAGCGCCGGCAGCCUGUCGUAGGGCUCUGGGGCUCUAAACCAUUGCGAGCACCUAGCGUCAAGACGCGGCCCGUAACCCAGAGACCGCAACGGAAAUCAAAACGUGUUACCUUCCUCCCUGAUAUCAGUAUGAAAUCUUUUGAGAUAAUGAAUGGCCUUUUAGCUAAUCUACAUUUAGUCGAAAAUCCUCUUCCUCUACCGAACAAGCGAGACACGCUUGGGAUCUUCCAAUUCCCUUGGGGAGAAAAAUCCGAUUCAGCUGUCUACCAGCCGGCCUUCAAUCCCGCUCUUCUAGCUGGCCCAGUCAUCAACACGAAACUAGAGGCAAGAUCUCACCAGCUUGAACCGGACUCGUCAGAAUACUCAUCUUCGUUCUUUGAUGAAUACGAUGAGGAACAUGAGGAUGACCCCGACCCAGAGAGUGACGACGAUUUCGACGAAACAACAUUGUGGGAAAUCGCAAGUCUACUAAAAUCCAGAGACGUACCUUCCAGGGACAGUCUUCUUCCGGAUUCUAGAGAUAUUAUUGAAGAUUAUGAUGACGAUAGUGAGACUGAGUUCGAAUCCGAUCCUGAGGACCAGGAAGUUGAUCUUGACGAGUCGUGGACACAGGGUACUACCGUACUUGCAACCAAAUUUCCGAUUCAACCCCUUAUGCCAGCACCAAGAGUGGUAUCUCAACUUUGGACCAGUGGCCUAAUUUCCGACGUAGAUGCAAAUAUGAUUGGCUUGCCUCAACCCGAAGAGGCUGUUUGGAAGUCUUUCGUUUCGGCAAAAGAUGAUGUCCUCAGACCCAAAACCCGUGUUUCCGAAACUCUGCCAGAAAUUGUUACCCACAACUUAUGGACAGCCCCAUCCUCCGAGAUGUCAGUUUCGACCGCGACUUCAAUGUGGAGUAUGCGAAGCACUGUGAAGAGCCGAGUUCCUGCUCGUAAAGAAUAUAUGUGGCAAGCGGCUCCAGAGAAGAAAGACCAACAUACUCCAGGUCUUUUUACCGCGACCAAAGACAAAGCCGUGAUGCGCACAACAAAAGCAGAACCUGCAGCACUCAACAUGUUGACAAAGUCUCGCUCUGCUGCAGCACACCUUUCAAUAAUUUCAUCUCGAACCUUGUGGUCUCGCAGUCUUGGCCCUAAACGACAGAGAGAAUGGACAUCCAAGCCGACCACUGCUCAGACAUCAUCAUCUGUCAAACCAAAUCUUAUGUGGGAACGGCAGACAACCGAGGCAACAGCAAGUGAUAUAGGGCUCUUCGAUGCUUCUAUUGCGCGAUCUGAUUACCGGUCAACCGCUUUGAUACCUGCCGCAAUCAAUAUUGCCUGCAAGCCCCAAACAAUCCAUGCACCAUUGAGUAAACUUGCAUCAACCAAGCUCUGGUGUCGAGAAGAAGGAGCUUGCCCUGAACACCAUUGGAUUUCGGAAUCGUCAAUCAGACCUGUCAGCCCGUCUGUUUACUCCAGUUCGUCCUCGGGAGAAUCUUCGCCUUCUUCCGAUGCUUCUUCUGUAAAGUCAACCAGCACUAAAGCUUCUUCUAUCUGGGGAUCAAUUGGAUCCGCUGCGACCUGGUGGGAGUCCAGGUCUAGAAAGAAGUCACCAUCUCACACACCAGUAGAUGACCCCAAGCAUCCAUCGAAGAUUCCUCUUCGUCCAACACCCAAUAAAGCUCCAAAAUCUGUGGCGGAACAUGCCAGAGAGUCCAACAUUCCUGUACCAGUCAAGCAUUUGGUGCGACUCCGAGAGUCAAGAGUUCUUUCCCCCGAAGAUCUUGCAGAAACCAAAGCUUUCGUUUUGGAGAGCAUACCAUUGAAGAAGGUCCGAACCAUGACGUCUCAACCCGGUACGCCGGCUCUCGCUGAAGCACUUACUCGAAGCCCUUCAACUUCCCAUAUAGCAGAAUAUGACCCUUCGAUGCGACACCCAGUAUUUUUCACAGGUGAUAUGACCACGACGACAACCCAGAUCCAUCCAGCUGCCAUCGGUCAUGUGUCUACUAAAAUAUCAGCUCCUUCGCUCUGGGCCACGCCGUCCAUCACCAAUUCCCUGACAGUUGCACCCUUGUGGUCAAAGGGUACUACGUCCAAGCGUGAAGCUCCGCUUCCAGUUGCUCAAGUCCACACAAUUGUUCGGAAAGCUCCCGUAACAAGGACUUUUGAUUUACCAAGUCUUGAGUCUUCUGCAUUUUGGCAACCAACUCAAUCCCUAGUCUCAGAGCACAACUGGUUGAUUGCAACCAAGGUCAAGUCUCAGACUUGGGCCCCCCGUGGCAUGCAGGCGUCUCCCGUAAAGAAGACUGAUGAUAGCAACUUGUGGAUGCCCCAACGACCAGAAGCCGUUGAUUCGCCGGACAUGUUUGCAAUCGUGCGAGGCCAAUAUACUAAGAAAGCUUCUACCCACCGUGCAGACCAGCUUCCACAUCUGGAGUCAAGCAGAUUGUUCGAGACAACUUUUAGCACCAAAUCAAACACUCACUGGCUUCAUGAAACUUCCAAAGCAUCAGGAAACCGUUCUCGUUCGUCCAGCUCCUCUAAAAGUGGCAACGAGGACCUCCGGAUGCCUGCAUCCUCGGACAAUAAUUUUCAAAGCAUGACGGUUUGGACGCCAGUACCCACAAUGGCGCCACAAAACGAGUCUAGCGAAAAGAUGUGGGAGUCUGCGACGAGUGAAAUUACCCAAUUGCCGGCCCUCUUUUCUAAUCCGCAUACCGCGCCUUGGGAACAGAAGAAGAGACAACCAGCUCCGUUGAAAACGGUUGAAAGUACCAGUUUAUGGCAACUAUCGAUGGCAAUGCCAGAGAGUCCAAAAGAUUGGCUUGUUAGAUGA